AUGGAAACAAAUAGCGAUACAUCUUUUGAAAAUCCGUCUUCCUCGAAAAUUUACUCAAUAUCGCAAGAACCAACAACAACAAAUAAUGGUGGCUUAACACAUAUCGUAAUAAAUGUUGUGAAUAUGGGAAACGAAAUAAUUGAAAACAACUACAAAAAAAGGAACAAAGAAUUCUCGGAAAAGAUCAAGGAUGCAAAUGAAAUACUGCAAAACGAUCCGCCAAUGUCAGAUAAUUUUCAACAGUAUCUAAUAAUUUACGAGAAAAUUUUAGCAGACCUAUUGGAAUUUGUUAAACCACCAAAGGAACAACUUUCGCUUUGGCGUAAAAUUAUAAGAUCAAUUAUGAAACUUAUAAGAUCAAAUAAUAAACAGAAAAAUACGCUGCUAACAAAUUUAGAAAAAGCGAUUGAUGACUUAAACGCAAAUACAAACACAAUUGGAAAAGAAAAUAUAAUAAACCAUAACUUUUUAUCGAAUAAAAUAAUUUUACAAGAAUCGGAUUUCAACGAAAUUGAUUCGAAGAUAUAUCGAGGAUCAAAAAAGCAAAUUCAAAAAAGGAUUUAUAAAGGGACCCCAGUAGCUCAACUUAAAGUCACUAUGUUAAUGAGCGUUAAAGAAAUCGAACACCGAGCAAAUAUUCUGAAUAUGUUGGAAAAAUGUCCAAAUAUCGAGCAAUUUUAUGGUGCUCUUAAAAUAAAAGAGGACAUUUAUAUAAUAACGGAAUGGGCUGAAAACAACAAUCUUGAAACAUAUUUACGAAAUACGCGUAAUAUUCCAUGGGCCCGAAAAAUUAUGAUAGCAAAAGGAAUUUCAGUUGCGCUUAAUUUUUGUCAUUCAGUCGAUAUUCUUCACCACGAUAUAAAGAGUUCGAGCAUAUUGUUAGAUGAGAAUUACAAUCCGAAAUUAAGCAAUUUCAGAAUGGCACACUUCGCUACAGAAAAAUUGAUAAGAUUUGGAAGUAUCAGUUUUGCUAUAGUAAUGUGGGAAAUCGCAUCUCAAAAAUUACCCUACGAGAACCUAAAUGAUCAUCACGUAUGUCAGGCAGUAAUUUCUGGAACUCGUCCAGAUCCAAUUCCUAUCGCUAUGGACACACCACGGACAUACACCGAAAUCAUGACAGCAGCCUGGGAUCAACAACUAAAUCAUCGUCCAAAAAUCAUAGAGAUAUUCAAUUUGCUUAAUAAGCUUGAUUCACAAAAUAAGAACAUUUCUGUUGCAAAAGUUUCAUAUAAUACACUUUCUUGGAGAGAAGCAUUGGAACUUCACAAUAAAAAGAUGUUUGAUAAAGCGUUCCCAAUCUUUGAAGAAUGCGUGAAAAGUGGUGAACACGUUAACGAGGCAAAAUAUUUUAUUGGCUUAUAUAUGAUAAUGGAAUAUGACGGAAUUAAAAAAGAUGAAAAAGAUGAUAAAGCGUCUAUUUAUCUCCGCGAAUCAGCAUCUGCAGAACCGCGACAUUCAUAUACAACUAAAGCUCAAUAUUGGUACGCAUACAGUUGUUUAACUGUAACUGGAGAUUCGUAUGAUAAGGACAAUGGAUUAAUAUAUUUAAUGAAGGCUGUUGAUGCUAAAAACAAGGAUGCAUUGUAUCUUUAUGGUGAAAUUUUGAUGAAUGGUAAACACGAUCAACCAAAAGAUUUAGCGUUAGCUGAAAAAUAUCUUAAAGAAGCUAAAUCUCUUGGUCAUAAAGAAGCGAUGGCAAAGUUGAAAAAGUUAACCGAAAUUAAAAAAGUCUCAAUUCAGUGA